GAGUAAAUCAUCGAAACAAACGAUCACCAUGUUUCGUUCGUACAUUUUCAUCGCAGCGUUAAUCGCUGUGACUGGUUCGAUCUCGAUCCAAAAACCGGGUAAAGAUUGGUACAAAAACAGUUUGAUAUAUCAGAUUUAUCCAAGAAGUUUCAAGGAUAGUAAUGGAGACGGCAUAGGCGAUUUAAACGGCAUCACCAGUAAAUUGGAACAUAUUGCGGAUAUCGGUGCCGACGCGUUAUGGCUAUCACCGAUCUACACCAGUCCGCAGUUAGAUUUUGGUUACGAUAUUGCCAAUUUUACUGAUAUUAACGAAGAAUACGGUACCUUGGCCGACUUUGACAGACUCGUGGCGAAAGCAAAAUCCCUUGGACUGAAAGUACUUCUCGAUUUCGUGCCGAAUCACAGCUCUCACGAACACUUAUGGUUCAAGAAGAGCAUCCUACGGAUCAAGCCCUACGAUGAGUAUUAUGUCUGGCGUGACGCGAAAAUAGUAAACGGUAUCAGACAUCCGCCGAACAACUGGUUGAGCGUCUUUCAAGGCUCUGCUUGGGAAUGGAACAGUUUACGAAAACAAUAUUAUCUGCAUCAGUUCGCCGUCGGACAGCCGGAUCUCAACUAUCAUAGCGCCGCGUUGCAGGAAGAAAUGAAAAACGUGUUAAAGUUCUGGAUGAAUCGCGGCGUGGAAGGUUUCCGCAUCGAUGCCAUUAAUCACAUGUACGAGGAUGCUCGUUUCCUGGAUGAACCCCGAUCAAACGUACCCGGAUUACCGAAUGAUGACUACGACAGCUUGGAUCAUAUUUAUACAAAGAAUCUUCUCGAGACUUACGAAGUUCUAAAGUCCUGGAGACAGGUUUUGGACAAUCACUCGCCGAAUGCCGACACAAAGAUGAUCUUGACAGAAGCCUACACGGAUGUUAAUCUCACCAUAUUGUAUUAUACAUCGGGCUCGACUGUGCCCUUCAACUUCAUGUUUAUGUCCGAUUUAAACAACAAAUCCAGCGCGGCUGACUUUAAGCGCCUCAUCGAUCGUUGGAUGAACAAUAUACCUAACAAUCCGGCGUAUGUCGCGAACUGGGUGGUAGGUAAUCAUGAUAAUCAUCGCGCGGCUUCCAGAUUCGGUGAAAUACGGGCUGAUCAACUUUCCAUGCUGGCGACCGUUUUACCCGGCGUAAGCGUAGUUUACAACGGCGAUGAGAUCGGCAUGCUCGAUAGGAAUUUUACGUAUGAGGAAACCAAGGAUCCCGCGGGAUGCAAUGCUGGACCUGACAGGUAUCAUCUGAAGUCACGAGAUCCGGAAAGAACGCCUUUCCAAUGGGACAACAGCGUGAGCGCCGGUUUCUCCACCAGCAAUCAAACAUGGCUUCCCGUGAACAGCAAUUACAGAACUCUCAAUUUGGCGGCGCAAAAAACUGCGACCGUAUCUCACUACAAAGUAUUCAAGUCCCUAACGCAAUUGAAAAAGAAGCCCGUCAUUGAGCAAGGCUCCCUGGAGAGCGUAUUGGUAACUGAGAAAAUUCUAGGAGUCGUACGACGACAUAAUGGAUCCGUCGUAGCGUUAAUGGUUAACUUUGCCGACACACCGGUCACCGUCGACGCCAGGACUUGGAUGAAUAUCCCAGAACAAUUGAUCGUCUAUGCACCCAGCGUACACUCCAAGCUAGUUGCAGGAUCGCGCGUUGACACGACUUACAUUACCGUACCUGGCUCGGCCUCCGUCGUGCUCACCACAGCAGAUUUGGUUUAGCAAAUAUCCCUGCUUAUCUCAUACUCGUGGACAACUCUCUAGUAAAGCUAGAAGUUUUCAAACAAAUUGACCUGUAUUAAUCUGAGAGAAUAGAUAUUCGAAAUAAAUUUUAUCUCUUAUUUCUUUAA